GGUGGGAGGUAGUGACUCGAGGCGUUAGCAGGACCGCGAGAGAGGAGGUAGAGGGAAAGGAGACAGAGAGUCGACCAAGAGAAGGAGCGGUGGGAAUUUAUAAGGAUGUUCGCGAUAAUGCCGAUGGAGACAGAGGGGCACGGCAGGGAGUUCGGCCGCCGGCAGAAGAUGCGCGCCAAGUGCACGGUAGAGUUCGUCUGCAAGUACUGCCAGCGGCGCUUCACGAAGCCCUACAACCUCAUGAUACACGAGCGCAGCCAUAAGGACGACGUGACCUUCACUUGCGAGGUCUGCGGAAAGUCCUUCAAGCGGCAGGACAACCUCAAACAGCACAGAUGUGGGUGGCGGUGAGCGGGAGCUCUGAACCUCCUGCACCUUGACACACACACAAUGCACACGCAACAACAUCCAACAUCAUCAACAACAACAACAACAAAAAUUUACAACAUCAACAACAGUCCAUAACAAUAGACAAUUAAUAACCACGUACUUCUAUCGGUCGAUCGUUCUGUCAUUUCGUUUUAUUUUUUAAUUUCUCUCUGUUGUUGUUCGUUCAUUCGAUGUCUCUUCUUGAUCCCCGUUCACGACGACAACACGAUCGAUUCGCGCACCAUCGUGUACCGCCACCACGAAAUUCAAAAGUGAAAUUAGCCCCCGCCCCAGCAUGCCAAGCACUGUUA